AAUUAAAAUUUUCUCCUGAAAUUGGGGGAAUGUGCACAACAGUGGCAUUAAACGGUAAUUGUAUUCCAAAAGAAGGGCCGUGUUUUUAUGCGGUCAACUUUAAUUCACCUAAAAAGACAAAGAACAGGUCAGAACUCAGAAGGUAGGAAAUUUUUGACAUUGGCUCCAACGUUAACUUUACAGCUUUUUUAUUAAUUAUUUUAAAAUCUCAUUUAAAAUAAAUACAAAUUUGUGUUUUCUUUUUCUACAGAAAUAUACCUCUAUUUUUUUAUUUCAAAUUCAUUUAACUUUGACAGAUUUUUUUAUACUACAUUUAUUAAAUUUCCAAGACGGACUUCAAACCUUUUACUUAACCAAAAUUAAUACUUUGAAUUUUGCAGUUUAAAUAUUACUUACUUGUAAUAAUCCCCUCUUUUAAAAUUAAAUUAUUCUUUGUUUUCUUUUUUAUUUUUGAUUUUUCCAACUUUAUUUUUUCCUGGUAUAACUUUUUCCUACAAAAACCCUAAUUUCACAGCUUUCUCAAUAAACUCGAAAUUUUAUUUCUGAAUCUACGCAAAGUAAAUUUCCCCCCAUAUACUUGGGAAAAAAAAAGAAAAAUUUUUUUUCAUCUUUGGAGCUCUGUCUGGGUCUGCAGUGGCAGAAAUGAAGCAUUAGCUCAGAAUCUUUUUUUGUGGAUUAGAUUUUGACAGUUGCAGUCAGAUGAUCUUUGAAUAUUCACAGUUGGUACUAGGACUUCAGUUUAUAGGAAGUUACUGAACUAGGUUCUUGCUUUAGCUUUCCUGGGUUCAGAGGAUUUCAUUUUCUUUUUCUUCUUUUUUUAAGAAUUUCUUCUUGUUGUUGAAUGUGUUGAUCAUUUCUUGAUGCUCCCUUCUUUUGAACUUUGAAAAGGGUUGAUCUUUUAGGUAUCAUCAAGUGUUUUAGGACUUAAAAAGAUUCUAGGGGUUUAAGGGGUUUUUACAUUUUUCGUAUUAUUUUUCAUUUCUGCGUCUAUGAAUGGAGGAAAAAGAAGGAAUGAAUAGUGGUGGGUUUACAGUGACGACUGGCAGUGAAGCUUCUGAGAGCUUCAGAAUAGAGCCAAGUGCGGAAAAUCCGGGUCAGCUUAGUGGAUCAGCAGUAAAAAGCUCUGAAGUUACCCCAAUUAGUGCUGCAUCUCCUACCACAGAAGCCAAAAAGAGGAGAGGAAGACCUCGGAAAUAUGCGCCGGACGGUUCAGUUCCGGUGGCAUUGUCGCCGAUGCCAAUAUCCGCCUCAAUUCCUCUCUCAGGGGACUAUUCAUCUUGGAAACAGAAUAGUCGCGGGAGACAUGUUGACUCUUACAAGAAGAAGCACAAACCGGAGGUUGAAACUCCCGGUCCCGCAGGGGUUGCUUACUCUGUUGGUGCAAAUUUUACUCCCCACGUCAUCACGGUGAAUACAGGCGAGGAUGUUAUGAUGAAGAUCAUCUCUUUUUCGCAACAAGGAUCCAGAGCGAUUUGUGUUCUUGCUGCAAAUGGUUCAAUCUCCAAUGUUACACUUCGUCAGGCUAAUUCUUCUGGGGGUACUUUAACCUAUGAGGGCCGGUUUGAAAUACUUUCUCUAACGGGAUCAUUUAUGCCUAGUGAUAAUGGAGUAACAAAAAGCAGAUCUGGUGGAAUGUCUGUCUCUCUGGCUGGUCCGGAUGGUCGAGUACUAGGGGGAGGGCUUGCUGGCAUGUUGUUAGCAGCAGGUCCUGUCCAGGUUGUUGUCGGUAGUUUUCUCCCUGGUCACCAGCUGGAGCAAAAAUCGAAGAAGCAGAAAUUUGAGCACACAACUGCUUAUCCUUCUCUCCCUCCUGCUGUUCCGAUAUCUGAGGAAAGGACCGAGGGACCCUACAGUGGACAGAAUCCUAAUAUUGCUUCGUCAGCUUCUUAUCUUGGAGAUAAUAUGGUUUCCAUGAACGUCAUGCACACAACGGUAUCAGCCCCUGAAAGUAUAAUUUCUGCACCUGCAGUCGACCAGAACCAUUCCAAGUGUGAGGUUUCUUGCUAAUAAUGUAGGAUAUGUAUUCCUAAGUUGUAAUUUUAUGAGUCCCGUGAACAACAUGGAACUUCGGGCUCAGUUCCUUUUGACCAGAUUAUUGAAAAGUCAACUGAUGAUUGUUAGAGAGUCAGUUUAGGGUGUAUCCGUGUUAGUUUAACUAGAUUCCUUUACCCUCCUUUUAGGUAUCUAGGGUUAGGAUACCUACUGGUAGGAUUGUUGUGAUUGCCACAAUUAUUAUUCAUGUAACUUUUUCUUCAUGCGAUUGGUGUUGGUGUAGGAUUUGAGUUGUAGGAGAAAUACUGAGCACUGGCUUAUUAUUUGAAGGGACCACCUUUUUUCCCCCCCCAUUUCAUCAUGUUGCAGUCUGUCGAUC